AUAUGAUAAACGGACUCCCCGUAUAUAAUACUCAAAACUGGCAAGGCUUGUUUGUAUGUAGUGACUCGUGUAAGUAUAUUAAGCUGGAUAAAAAAAAUCUUAUCUCGCAGGAACGGGAAAUUUAAAACGUUCUGUGAUGGCCAGGUUUUAAUCAAGGGGCGCCAAUGUUUGAUGACAUCUUCAUUCUGUGAGCGAGCCCCAAGCGUCUCUGUGCAUCGAUAUUCUUCAGGUGUAAUUUACCUGUGAACAGCUGAUCGAUAGCAAUGCGUAUUUACAUAAGGAGCGCACACUCGGAGUUCAAUGGUAGUGACCUUUUCUGCGGCUUUAGGAAGUUUUCAGACAGACUAAGGAUUAUUCAGUGUCGUAAUUUUAAACUUGUUUUGAUAUUUUUAUCGGAUGUACACUAACAUGUAUAUAAAAAAACAACUUUGUUCUGUUUAGGACAGACGACGUGAAAUUAAAUAUUUAUAUUUUUUCCUUGAUUUAGACCACAGUGAUUAAGCAAGCAGUGUUUUUCCUGUCAUUUUUCUUAACGAAUAUUUGGACGUAUAUUAUAAAUACAGACUAAUUUAGGACAAUCAUUAAAGCACUUCACAUUCGAAGGGGGAAAAAAUGGCUUAAAGUUGACUCUAUAGAUGACAUACUGCGAUAAUUUCCGACUCAAAGGAAGCUCGUUAUGUAUUGACAACUGAAUGGGUCGGUUCACUUGUUUGAAAUAGAGGAGCAUUCAUCAGCUAAAGUACUCGGUGCUUGUAUUUGUCCAUCAGAUAUCUGGAACUCAAUUACAUUCAACGAUGAGCAGCUAUAUAACCCAAUAAAACAGUUUUUGCCUGAUAUUAUAAAACUGUGAACUACUGUGAAUAUAUAUCUAUAGCAUGCGGAGUUUAUUAUUCAUAGACAGUUUUCAUCAGGAAGGAAUUAAAGAUACAUCCUUGUCUAACUGACCCAUCAUGGGAGGCAACUUGAGUUGUGCCGUGAACAGGAGGGGCGUAAAAGACCCGGAUCACCUGCCCUAUGGAGCUAAAGGGACAGAACUCGCCCCUAAUUUACUGACAGAUAUACCUGAUGAAGAAACAUCGAGAUGGAAAUUUUGGCAAAAACUUCACUUACGUCGAAGUGAUCAAAAGCAAAAAGAACUUGAAAAGUUGAGAUCAGACCUAGAAAAUGGCAACCUUCCGAUAGUUAAUGCUUCGCAAAUUGAAGAGGAGACCGGAAGACCUCAUCGGAGCCAUAGUUUGAGACCUCCCCCUAAACCCCCAAGAAUGUUUCUUUUCCGGUCUUCAUCGAUCAGUACUCCACAGAAUUCUGCUGUGAUAAAUCCAGGAUCAGAACGCAAUUCAUUCAUCAUGUCCCAAGCUUACCAAAAUUCUCGUACCCGUGACAAUGCUAAUAUCCCAACCGCACACGUAGCACCAGUGCGCCAGGAGAUUCCCGUGCAAACGAAUGAAAAUAAUAAUGACAUUCUGGAUAAAAAGGAGGAGGUUAUUAAAAAUGUAGACGAAGUGAAACCGAUCAUUUCACGACCCUCCAGGAGCGAGCAGACGAUUCCUAACCGUAUUAAAAUCGUGACCCCUGACCUUACUCCGCGUAGAAAUUUCAGUCGCCAGAGGCGUGCUUCGGAAAUAGUCCCACAAGAAGAAAGACACAAACUGAUAAUACAGAGUUCCUUAGAACUUUUGUGUCAAAAACUUGACCCGCUGACCAUUUUAAAUGAGCUCAAAGAGAAAAGUGUCAUUUCUGAAGAAGAUAUUCUGGCAUUCCAAGAGCAUCCCGAUCGUCGGCUUGUCUGCGAAAGCAUUCUUCACAACUUAUUAGAGGGACCAUAUUCAAAGUUUUUCAUUUUCUGUGAUAUUCUUAGAGACACCAAUGAUUACAAAUGUCUCGCUUUGAUCAUGGAUGUCAUGAAGGAUACAUAUGACGUCGUUUACAAUAUUCCCGCCAUCGCUAGCGAAGAAAUCCCGGUGAUGGAGGAAGAGAAAACUGUAACAUUUGAAAUCGGGUAUUACAACGCUGAAACGGGCGUUAUGAAGCCUGUAGUAGAACUAGAGAAAACCAGAGACACAAGUAAAAGAUUUUCUCGAGAUUCUCUAUUCUUCAAGAGAGCAUCGCGUCUUUCAUACAUGUCUGUGUCAAGCGAGGGACGAGGAAGUGACGAUUCGGUCUUGAUAAAUCAUGGAACCCCUGUGAUCAACAUUUGCAUUUCCGGACAUUCCUUGCACGAAGGUCGAGCCCGAGCUCUGGCAAAGGUUGUGAGUAAGUACAACUGUAUUCUCGAGCUACGGAUUGGCAAAACCCAACUGACGGGACGAGACAUUGGUCACAUGUCCCAAGCAAUCCAAUCAAGUGCGAGCCUGACUGUCUUAGAUCUGAGAUUAAAUUCGAUCGGAAACGAAGGAGCACGACUUUUAGCCGUACCACUAGCAAAGAACACACAUUUACGACAACUUAAUAUAUCCUCCACUGGGAUCGAUCAUGAGGGCUGUAAGAACUUAUCAGAUGCCCUGAAACAGAACAACACGCUUACAGAUCUAGAUAUGAGUUUUCUAGAGAUCGGAGACAGUGGUUGUAUUUGUUUGGGCAAUAUGCUAAAGCAAAAUAAAAGUAUCAGUAAACUGCGCCUCCGCAGCUCCGGGAUAUCGUGGAUCGGAUGUGGAAUUUUGUUUGAAGGUGUUCAGCAAAGUAAGACUCUAACAGUAUUGGACUUGAGUAGAAACUUUAUUGGUGAUAACGGAAUGGAAAUGAUGUGCCGCCAUCUGAAUGAGAAGUGCGCGCUCGUGGAUCUUAAUUUAGAAAAUUGCGGAAUUACGUCAGCUGGAUGUGCAAUGUUGGCUGACGUCAUUAUGUCAAACAAAACGCUUACAAACUUAGAUAUAAGUGUCAAUUUUAUUGCUGACAGCGGAGUAGCGAAGUUAUCCGCUGCUUUGGAACGCAAUAAAAGCAUCAAAACACUGGGCUUAAACAUGUGUGGGAUAACUAACGAUGGAUUCUCUAAAAUGCUUGAUGUUCUAGAAUGUAAUCCUACUCUGACUUUACUUAAACUUUGCUAUAACCGCUUGGGAAAAGAACACACAAAUCCUUCCGCCACGUCUGACGACUUGAAAUACAGAGUGCGGAUCGUGACGUCAUCAAAUCCUAAACUUAAGAUUCUUCUGUGGGGCAAUUCCUUUGAUGAUUGAGCGCUACUUUUCACUGUAGUUUUCAUUAUCAGAGCCGAUAUAUGUUUGUGCAAACUGACUUAUGAAAUCAUUAAGUAAAAGAAAUUUUUAAAACCUACAUAUAUAUUGUAACAUUGAUAAGCCUCUCUUCAAAGUAUUUAAAGUUUUAUUAAAAUCGUUCAUUGCAAUACAUUGUAGAAAUUGACCAAACAAAGAUCAAUAUCCACCUGAUUUUUGAUUAAGUACAGACCACAUAUACAUGUAAUCAUGCUUUACAUUAGUUGC